AUAGCUGAUAGGGAGUUUAUGACAAGUUAUUACACCUGGCUAAUAAGUAAACACAAACUGUUAACUAAACAAGUAAAUAGUAUAUAGAAGUAGUAAUCACUUAAAACAAUCGACGAUGCAUCCUGAACCCCUCGAAUCCGGUGAGGUGGAAGAAGAGAGUGGCGAGGACUCCAGUACGACCCUGCAAGCUGGAGAUGCAGAAAUAUUGCUGAACGCAAUGUCAACAACUUACAGUAAACUAGAGGAGGCCCCCACGGCGAACUGCAGCCCCCUGCCAAACGAUAUCGAAGGAGACCGUUGUGUGUCCUCACAUACAGAAGUCGACAAACUCAUACAAGCCCAACAACAAGAGAAAACGGGAAAGGACUCAGGUCCAAGAAUGACAAAGACAUUUCUGAAGGACCACUGCAAACAAAAUAAACUCUACAUGACACCUCGAUUGAAUGACACACUGUAUUUGCACUUCAAAGGCUUCUCCACUAUAGAGAAUCUGGAGGAGUACACAGGGCUGAAGUGUCUCUGGCUGGAGUGCAACGGGCUCCUGCGCAUCCAGAACCUGCAUGCCCAAACAGACCUACGCUGCCUCUUCCUCCACCAGAACCUCAUACACAAUCUGGAGAACUUAGAACCACUCAGCAAGCUCUGCACCCUCAAUGUCUGCAACAACUACAUACGCACCAUUGAAAACAUUGCCUGCCUCCCUGAUCUGGGCACCCUGCAGAUAGCCCAUAAUAAGCUGCAGACAGUGGGAGACGUGGAGCAUCUGAGUCAGUGCCUCUCCCUCAGUGUACUGGACAUGUCCCACAACCUGCUGGAUGACCCAGACAUCCUCACUGUGCUGGAGAGAAUGCCUGAACUGCGCGUGCUGAACCUGAUGGGAAAUGAAGUGAUAAAGAAAAUCCCAUACUACAGGAAGACUAUGAUCAUACGUCUAAAACAGCUCACGUACCUGGAUGACAGACCUGUGUUCCCAAAGGACAGGGCGUGUGCGGAGGCGUGGGGGACAGCGGGUCCAGAGGGGGAGCGCAGGGAGAGGGAAUCAUGGCAAACACGAGAGAGAAGGAAGAUCCAGGACAGUCUGGACGCCAUGGCAACCAUCAGAGACCAAGCCAGGGAGAGACUGCGAGUCAGAGAGCUGCAAGAGAGAGGGGAGUAUGAGACCACUACAACAACAGAACUUGAGAGCCCCAGUGAAAAGAACCAGAGCCAGAAUCAGAGCCUGGGCUGGGAGGAGAGGAUUCAAGCAUUUGUGGAGGACAGUCUGGAGGCCCAUGAAGAGUUCCUACAGACACAGAGAGAACAGCCAGAAAAGGAGGAGCUAGGGAAUGAACAGCCACUGAAGAAACAGCUAGACAGAGAACAACCAGAAAGAGAGGAUAUGGAGAGAGAUCAGCUAGAGAGAGAAGACCAAGAGGGAGAUCAGCUAGAGAGAGAGGACCAAGAGGGAGAUCAGCUAGAGAGAGAGCACCAAGAGGGAGAUCAGCUAGAGAGAGAGCACCAAGAGGGAGAUCAGCUAGAGAGAGAGGACCAAGAGGGAGAUCAGCUAGAGAGAGAGGACCAAGAGGGAGAACAGCCAGAUGGAGAGCAAGCAGCAGAAGAAAGCUUAAAGGAAGAACUGUUAAACCAGUCAAAGAGAGAACAACUACAAAGAAGGCAGCCAAAGAGAGAGAAGUUAGAGAGAGAGCAGUCAGUAUGUGGCCAGCCAGAGUCUCAGACAGCUGGGGUGAUUGUAGAGCACGGUCCUGGACCAAUGGUGACUGAGCUAGAGGAGACAGAGGACCUGGAGACCAUCCACCUGGAGCCACGCCCACCACUUCGUAUUGAUGAUCUCCCUGACCUGGAGGAUGUGAAUGUUGAAGAUCCAGACAGCACCUGCAUCUUCUCCUCUCAGCAAGUAUUCCGGCCAAAGAUAGAGGUCAUUUCAGGAGACAACAACGAUGUAGAUCCAAUCAUACAUCAGAGUGGGACUGUGUGGACCACAGAGACCACACUUACCUCAGAUCCAAGCUCAUCUUCACUGUUCAGGGUCUGUGACAACACGUCAAACAAAUCGCCCACCAAUCACCUAGUAGCAUUGGACCCAGAGGCGGGGGAUGCCCCAGAGCUGGUGAUAUCAGACCCUCAGGGAGAACCCAGACAGAGGCAGAGCCCUGAAGCCAGAAAACCAGGUUGUCUCAUUGAGGAGCUGGACUAACUCUGCAGAAGGCUGUGAUAGCAUUAACAACACUAGGUUUAGGUGUUCAAUCUGGGAAAGCCUUGUUUUGCUGAAUACAGGUACAAUGUAAGCACAGAGAGCUGCUAUGGAGCUAUUUUGCAGCCACGGGUUUUUACACCCAAUACAUUUUCCGCACAAAUUUUUUUUUUUUUUUUUUUGUUAGUUAUUCGUAGCUGUUCUGUUACUGGUUAUACUUUAUAUUCUGUAUUCUCAGGCUCAGUGUUCAAAAUGAAAUGUUCGUAAACUCCACUUCAAAUCCAUUCCAAGAUAAUCCCAGGCAGAUUAUAGCCAGGGCUCAUAAAAUAAAACGUUAUAGUACAGUA